AUGGAGGUUUUUAAAAAUAUAGUUGCGCUAAUGCUGUUUGUUAUUGUAUUGAUGACAUUUUUUCAGACUUCUUCUGUAGAAGGAGCUUUCUAUUUAGUACAAGGAGGUUGUAUAGAUGACCCUUUAAGAUGGACGACACGGAUUGACUCAAUUGACGAAAAUAGGGCUAUUGUGGCGUUUCUCCAUGAUCAAAAGGUAUCUUAUGCAGGAAUAGGCGGAUAUGUACAAGGGGGUAAAGCUCAUUGGGACGAUGGAUCUUCAAUGAAGUGGAAGUCUAAUUGGUAUACACCUCCAUCAAUAUCAACCAUUGGUUUUCUUGUAGUACGAGACGAUAGUUUGUGGGAUGUGAUGUCCUAUGACGUAUUUCCAGAUACGAUGUUCGUUUGCACAGAUGGUAAGACAGAGCCAAUUCCUCCAACCACAACAGAAGCUCCAACCACAACAGAAGCUCCAGCCACAACAGAAGCUCCAAACACAACAGAAGCUCCAAACACAACAGAAGCUCCAACCACAACAGAAGCUCCAACCACAACAGAAGCUCCAAACGAAACGGAUACAUCAUUCAAUGUACUGGUUCCAGAGGUCUUGGAUGCCUUGUCGGUGAUCAUGGGUAAGAUGGGAACGUUUGAUAUCUUAACUUGGACUGCUAAUGGUAUAAAUAUUGAUGUUGAGACAACACAUUUGGUGAAGCAAAUUGAGAUGUUGCGUCAUCGUUAUCAUUGUUUUGUGGGUGUGAACUUUAUGGACAUCACUAGUACAGGAGAGCCAAAAGAUGUUGCAACUUUGACAUAUAUAAUGGGAACUACUAUGCAAUUUUUUGUACCUUUACCUUUAAUGGAGUCUAAUAUUUCUCAAUAUGCUAUACGUGUUGUAGUUAUGAGCAGAACGGAAGGACCAUUUUAUCGUCAAACAAGCGCCAAACUUUUCAUUCACACAGUUGAAAAAGUACUUCUUGGCUUAAAAGGCAUAGUAAGCCUUAACGAGGAGGAUAUACUAGAAGAUCAAGAUAUUUUACAACCACUAUUGGUGACAGGACCUGGAACAAUUGUGCAAUACACUAAAGAUUUAGAGCCAAAUGUAUUUAACGGUCUUUCUUUGACGAUAAUUAACAAUGGUGUUGUUGGACGAACAUGCGCCCCAGGAACAAAAAGCAUUGAUUUUUUCUUUUCAGAUGGUAAAUUAUUUUUAUACCUUCCAAAUGACUAUCUUGUAUUGUUGAAAGUAGGACAUAAAAGUCUUUGUGCUUCCUUUAAUAAUAAACAUACUAUUAUCGCGUCGUUUCAGAAGAAACAAUUGAUAUUUGCUGCAGAACGUGCAAGUUACAGAUCUGGUGAUAUAAUAGAAGUCUCAGCGCUUGGAGUUUCUACUUCUUUAUUCGCACGUAACUUGUACGCUGCUUUCCUUUCAAAAUCAGAGCGAUGUACUACAAUAGAUGACACUUCUGUCUCAUUAGAGCUUGAUACUCCUAUUGUUUCGUCAAAAGUAUCAAAAGGAUUAUCAUUUUCACAAAAAGAAGAAGAAGAGAACAAAACAACAACAAAACUUUAUAUUAACAUCAGAUCCAAGGAGACAAGCACAACAUAUUUGUGUAUGCGACGCACUACAACUUCUUCUGUAUUUCGUGUUAUUUCCACUCACGGUGGUGAAGCUGUAAAAAUUUUAGGUCCAUCAACUUCAAUGUCUUCAACUGGAAGAAUUUACCUUUUUAAUGGUUCAAGUGGAGCUAUAUCAUUAAAAGAUUUUGUUCUCCCUUCUCAAUCAGUAAGUGACGCAAAUCACUUUGAAAGUGUAUUCCGUCUCAUAAUGAAAAGUUCUUUGCGCGUUCGUUUUGUUCCUUUACCUGUCGGCACCAUAUGGAAAGAAAAACUAGAGUCUUGUAAAAAUUCUGUAUUAAGUGAUGGGGUUUUUGACGCUAAUGAUGGAACUGUUCAAAUAAAUAUACCCCUUAAUUUUUCAUAUAUUUCGGGUAUUUUAUGCGGGGGAACAGAAUAUCUUCGUAUAGAUUAUAUUGUGUAUAAAGCUUCAGAGUGGAUUCUUGAGAUUGGGGAUUCUUUGGAUGAAGUUGGUUUCGCCGUGAUCCCGGCUUUGCCUAGUACAGCUCUGAAGAUUAAUGUAAUGCAUUCCGAACCUACAGCCCAUUAUUCAGUACGUCUUGCAAUAGAUGAUAAAUGUCACGUUGGUUUUACUGCUUCUCUAUGGCAAGCGUCUAAUUCAAUUACCGCUGUCAGUUUUCCAAAAACUGUAAUUGGAACAUUUAAAUUAUGUGUGGGAAUCUACAUUGCACCUGGGAUUACUUCACUAUUUGUUCCUACCAAUCGUACUUUAUCAUUAAUAUCAUAUGAAGAAGGUAUGAAGGCAUGGGAAAAAGAACAAGGUAUAAAUUCUGGCACAUGGGUACCGUGUGGGGCAUCUUCUGUCUGUGGAUAUACACAACAACAAUCUUUUACUGAAGUAUGUAAUAACCAAGUUUCAAACACUCUAUGGCCUACUAUUAUUACCGAUAGGUUAUAUUCAUAUGGAAGUUUUAAUGUAAAACUUUAUGAACAAAAGGAAACUUUUCCUGCUAUUCUUAUCAAUAAAAAAGUUUUUAUAAGACGAGGUACUUUUUCUUGUCAACAUCCAAGUUUACUGGAAAUGAGUUUGGAUAAGGAGGUUUAUACUACUUCAGUUGUGGCAGAUCGUGAGCACUCUUUGGUAACUUUAAGACCUACCAUACAUCUAGCUGGAGUUAUCUUUGGAUUUACCCCUUGGGAUCAGUCUUGUGAUGCAACAUCAAUACGUUAUAAGAUUCUAGUAUCUACAACAUUUUCAGAAAAAUCAGGAAAUGACGUAUCUUCUUUAGAUCUUGCUAAACUCUUAUGGAAUGGUGAAAAUGAAUAUUAUUUAUUGUGUUUAUUACGUAAAAAUGUAUGGCAAGCUAUAUCAGAAGCGUAUAUUCACAUAACGACAGGAAAUAUAGAUACUCAUAGUGUUAGUGCGGAUGCUAUUACUACAUCUAAUCCAAUGGUAAACAAAAAUCAUAUUUUUCUUUGGCAAACAGAAUCUGUAAGGUGGACAGUUGUAGGUUCUUUUAUGACUGGAAUAAUAAUAUCACUUGCUCUUGUUUGGGAUGAUGCAACUUGUCUUGCCACUCCUGCGUAUACAUCCGUUAUGCAUUAUAUAUCUCCAACUAUUUCAUAUGUGAAUGUUGAAUCUUUUUAUAUUACUACUGCACCAACUCCAAGUUCUUUAUUGCAUUUAUGCUAUAUUGUUGAAGGUUCUACUCCUUCACCGUUAAGUAUCGAAGAACAUCGCAUGCGACGUAUUUUGAUGUUAGAUCUUUCACUUUCUUCUAUUAAUUAUCUCCCUCAUUAUGCAAUACGAUACGGAAGUAAAGAAAAUACAACCAUAUUUCUUUCUGAUCCUCUAAAACCUCCUAUAACGCAAAUCGAACUCUUUUUUGCUCGUUCACCAAAUGAUAAAAAUGCUACAUCUGAUUGUUCACUUACAUCUCAACAUCAUGUUGCCUCUUUACAAGUACAUUCUGACGCAUUUGGAUUACAAUGGGUAAAUAUUUUUCCAAGUACUAUAUCUAUGGUAGGGUCUCCUGGACAAGAAACCUACUUACUUAUCUGUGCAACAGCUUCUAAAGGUGUUAGUCUUCACUUUGUCCCUGUUAGUGCGUAUUUGGUUAUCAAUGAUGUUGGUACAGGGACACAAAUUGAUCCAUUCUCUUUAGAUCUUAUAUUUUCGCCACUGAAUGGUACAGGUACCAUUCUUGAUUUAUCGCCAUGUGUAUUAGUUCUGAGAAAAUAUGUUUCUGAGGUAACCAACCACACUACUGAGGAUAAAAAGAUUCUAGUAACCGCAAAGGGUCGCAAUCAUUUUGGACUUUUUAUUGAACCAGGUGUAGAUCUAGCAGCUGAAGAAGCAUCAAGGCGUCUUCGAGCUGUUUACAAAGCAAUGACUACAGGAGAAGGUUUACCUUUGCGUGUUAGCUCUUCAAGUGGUUUAUUAUUUCUUCUCUCAUAUGUAGAAGGUCUUCAUCUUAUUUCUCAAUCCCCUUUUAAUGGAAUGCCAGGUGUGAAUGUGAGUGAUUUCAAUAAUAAAUCUUCUUCAAUGGAAGGAGAUUUGGUUAAACAGGCUAUCACUAUAUUUUGUGUUGUGAUCGCACCUAUUGCCGUUGGAUUUGUGGCAUUCUCUUUACAACGCACCAUACCGAAAUUAAACCGCCCACAAUUAGGCAAAACCAAUAAGAAAAACAUUCCAAUAAAAGGUACAAGAGCAACACUCUUUAAAGAGGGAAUUGAAAAAAAAGUGGAAUUUGAGAACACAGAGCCUGACUCCCCGCCACCCCGUAAACCACAAUCAGUAGAGUGCAGUAAACCAGAAAUUGCGGUAGUGAACACCACUGCAAAUCCCUUGUAUGAUUCCGAUGGGGAUUCAACACCUGUAGACUUUGGCUGCACACCCCCACCGCGCCCCCAGUCAACACUGGGCGAAACAACCCUGACAUCUGAGAAGGUUACGACGGAUCCUGAAAAGCAGAGAGAGACAUAG